GACCCCUUCAGUCCUUGGCGGGAGGCCGACUUGGGUUCUGUCUUGGCUCUGCCAGUGAACCAGCUGUGUGGCCUUGGGCAGGUCACUUAACCUUGGCUUCAGUUCUGUAAAAUGAGGACGAUAAUAGUCACUUUGGAGAGGUUGUAAUAAAAGAGAUUAAGUAAACGCAGUGCUAGGUUUUGCGGAUGGGUGGUCAGUUAAGCGGUGCUUGUUCACUGAGACGACCAUAGCCGGACUGGCUGGUGUUGGGGUUGAAGUAUUGCGGCGACAGGCAUGGUCAGGUUCAGGUGUUACUCAAUGAAUGAGGUUCUUGGAAUGGUUUUAAGCCCCGCUUGGUUAGUUGUGGUUAAAGGAACAAACCACAGAAAGGCUCUCUGCUUUUAGAAUUAGUUUGAUACCUUUCUGCUUGCAAUAAGAAUGUCAUGCUCAUGUUCGUAAUAACAGCUGGAUAUCCAUUUUUUGCUUCUCUUUCUCUCCUAUUUUCACAAUUGGUGUGUAUUAAUAACAUAGUUUUUGUAUCCCAGACCCCCAAAGGUAUGAGCAAAUGGCUUUGUUUCUAUUGCUCUUAUUCAUUGUGCUUGGUCUGUGCAAAUGAAUGAGACCCAAAGAGUUGGGUAUAGCUAUAAGGUUGAAAUAACAUUUACCCACUGGGCACACUUCUGUUGGAGGUCAAUGAUUGUUUUCCCCUGGGCUUUGGUUUAGUAGUACUGUCAAUUUAUGACUACGCUGAAGAUGCUUUGUAACAAUUCUGCAAAGAAUACCUCUUGAAAGUGUUGUUUUGAAGAUAAGAGUUGGUUCUAUACGAAUAACUCAGGUCUGCAGGUAAUUUCAGGAAUGGUGAUUGACUCAGGAUUUUUUUUUUUUUAAAGAAAUGAAAAAUUUUAAAGAGAAGACCUGGUCGGAAAGCAGCUCCAAUAGAGUGAGCCAAAGGGGCCCUAAAUUAAAAAAAAUAAAUAAACAAAAAACCCCACCUGUAAGUGCUUCUACUUCUUUCUGUUGAAACCUCACCGCAGCUUUGGCUUGCAAAAUUGUUCUCAUUUUGUAGAAGAGAAAACCUAGGCUCCUUGUGGCUAAGGGUUGUCCAUGUCAGGUGACUCAUAAAGACUAAGAAUGGAUGAGUCUGGCCCAAUAUUCUUUCGUUUUAAUGUGCUGCCUCUGGAUCAUCAAGCUUUCAGCUUAUGUGGAGAAGUUGUGGAAGCCACCUAUGAAUCCAUUUGGUGAAUUUAUGGAGAAGCCCUCAAAUGAUGGAAGUCAUUCAGAAGAACUGUUUUCCCAUUUUAAAAGUAGACGAGAGAAAGAACAUUUACCACAGCACGCCAGUGAAAGUCAAGUCUGCUGCCUAAAGCAGGACAUCCUAAAUGAAAAGACUGAAUUGGAAGCAACAUUUAAGGAAGCUGAGUUGGCAACCUUUUCUGUAGAAUUACUUUUGCCAUUAUUUAAGGACACUAUUGAAGAGGUGAGUUUUGAAAAUAGAGGGGACAGUUUAUCCAGCAUGUUAGAAAAGCUAACUGGUAAUGAAAGUGAGAACACUGAUCUUAAGAAGAAGAUACUUGAAAAGGAGACCUAUAUCCAAGAACUUUCUUGUCUGUUUCAGAAUGAAAAGGAAAAUGCUUUGAAAGCAAACCGUUUUUCACAAUCAGUAAAAGUAGUGCAUGAACGACUACAGCUCCAAAUUCAUAAAAAGGAAGCAGAGAAUGAUAAAUUAAAAGAACACAUAAAGAGCUUAGAAACCAAGAUAGCUGAAUGGAACUUGCAAUUGAGAAAAAGUAAGCAUGAGACUGUAGCAAUGAAAGAUUCAAGUAAGCAAAAAGCAGUAGCUCUAAAAAGAGCAUCUAAAAUUUACAAACAAAGGCUUGACCAUUUUACUGGAGACAUUGAAAACCUUACUUCCCAGAUUAGAGAUCAGGAAGCCAAGUUGUCUGAAACAAUCUCAGCUUCCAAUGCCUGGAAAAGUCAUUAUGAGAAAAUUGUAGUAGAAAAAACUGAAUUGGAAGUUCAGAUCGAAACAGUGAAAAAGCAAAUCAGUACUCUUUUGGAAGACCUGAAGAAAAUGGAAGACGAUGGAAAAAAUUCAUGUGAAGAAAUUCUUAGAAAACUUCAAUCAAUUGAAGAUGAAAAUGAAACUCUGAAUCUUGAGAAUACAAAAUUAAAAACUACACUUGCUGCUUUGAAGGACGAGAUCGUUUCUGUUGAAAAUGAACUCGUAGAAUUGCAAGAAGUAGAAAAACAACAGAAAACUCUUAUUGAAGUGUAUAAAACUCAGAUACAAAAGUUGCAAGAAGCAGCUGAAAUGGUGAAAAGCAGAUGUGAAAAUUUACUACAUGAAAAUAAGCUAAUAACAAAAAACAAAAGUAAAAAAUUAGAGAAGAUGAGAGGCCAGAUGGAGUCUCAUCUGAAGGAGUUAGAGUGCAUCCGCGAUUCCUUGACGACGGCGGAGCAGAGGCUUCGGGAGUGUCAGGAGAGUCUGCAGCACUACCAGGGGAGAUGUGCAGACCAGGCCCACACCGUUAGGGAGCUGCAGGGCCAGGUUGAUGGAAAUCACAAUCUUCUGACAAAGCUUUCUCUGGAAGAGGAAAAUUAUCUUAUUCAGUUGAAGUGUGAAAAUCUUAAACAAAAAUUAGAACAGAUGGAUGCGGAAAAUAAAGAGCUUGAAAAGAAGCUGGCAAACCAAGAAGAAUGUCUAAAGCAAAGCAAUCUUAAGUUUAAAGAGAAAUCUGCAGAAUAUACAGCAUUGGCCAGACAGCUGGAAGCUGCUUUAGAAGAAGGAAGACAAAAGGUUUCUGAAGAAAUAGAGAAAAUGUCAUCUAGAGAGAGGGCUUUACAAAUUAAAAUAUUAGAUCUGGAAACUGAGCUUAGAAAGAAAAAUGAAGAACAAAAACAACUUGUUUGCAAAAUGAACAGUAAAGCACAACAUCAGGAAGUAUAUUUGAAAGAAAUAGAACAGACUCUUGAAAAGUCGGAGAAUCAAAAUGAGAGUAUUAAGAAUUAUUUACAGUUUCUUAAAACUUCUUAUGUAACAAUGUUUGGAUAAAUUGUUGAACUUAUUUUCUAUAAGCAAUGAGUUUUUACUAUGAGUCUAAAAAGUGAUCAGGUAAAAAAUAAACAAAUAUACUAUCUGUUGUUACACUUGAUGAUUUAUGAGUGGUAGUGUUAGAGUUUUUAUAUAAAGAUUUUGAAACAUACUUUAUUAUCCACUGGAAACUUUAAAACAAGAUAGAUGCUAGUAUUCCUUUUUGCUGGAUAAUUUUCACUUGGCUCUGGUUUAAUUCCUAUUUAAAUUAUUUUGGUUUUUAGAAUAUUUUUCACAUACACACAAAAGAAGCCCGAAUCAUUCUUUGUGACUGUCUGCAGCCACCAUUCAAAUGAAUUUGUAAUAAAUCUAGGCCAAUUAUGACCCAAAUACACGAUCGUAAAUAAUGUAUAUAAUUGUUUUUCAUUGUGGUGCUAUAUAGAUAUAAUAAAGGCAAAUAUUCUGGAUAUUAAUUUUUAAUAAUGGUAUAAUUACAUACUUUAUAAAGAUACCAAAUGUCUCAAUGUACUUACUCUUGUUUCAAGUAUAUGCUAAGAUGCCAUUAUAAUUUCUGUGAGGUUUUAAAUAUAGAAUUUGAAGUCAUAGCUAUUAAAUGCCAACUGAUGGUGACAGAUGAAAAUA